CUAUCCCCUUACGGAGAAAAGGGAAAAAUCAUAAUCCAGCACAUUCACGUAAUGCAUCACAAAGAAGCAAUUUCGAAGAAAUUCACGAGUACGCGAUAGUUGAGGCACGAGGCAAUUUUCUAGGAGCACAAGCAAAAAUAAAUCUUUGGAAACCGGCUGUUGAAAUGCAAGCUGAAAUAAGUGUAUCCCAAAUCUGGGUUACAGCUGGUGAUGGAAAAGAAACUAUUGAAACCGGAUGGAUAGUUGAUCCACUUGUUUAUGGUGAUUAUGAGACCAGGUUCUUCGUAUUUUGGACGGCGGAUGGAUACAAUAAAUUAUUUUGUUAUAACGACGAAUGUGAUGCUUUUGUACACACAUCAUCAAGUAUCGGCCUUGGAUGCAGUUUCACCGAGUUGUCAACUUUAAAUGGAGACCAAAAGGAUGCCACCUUCAGUAUUCACAAGGAUCAAAGUAGUGGACAUUGGUGGGUACAAUUACAAGGUGAACCGGUCGGUUAUUAUCCAAGUUCUCUCUUCACUGAAUUAUCAAAGAAA